AUGCCCGGAUUCCUGCUAGCGUUCAACUUCGACCUUCAUGCCGAGAAGCACCGAGUCAGUCUGUGGGACUGGCCUAAGGGCAUGCUGAUGCGAUGGCUGAGAUUAACUCCAGUCUAUGCCCUGGUCAUGUUCACCGUGAUGACCCUGAUGAGGCACCUGGGUGACGGGCCCCUGUGGCCCCACGUGGUGACCAGCGAGGCCGUCGCCUGCAACCAGUACUGGUGGGCGCACUUGCUGUACAUCAACAAUUACAUCUACGAUGACUCGCAUUGCUUCCCGCAGAGCUGGUACCUGGCAGCAGACACGCAACUCUUCGGUUUGGGCCUGCUCGUCUGCAUCCUAUUCAGGAAGCCGCGUGCGCAGAUUAUCGCGCUGACCGUCAUGCUGAUCGUUUCGCUGGCAAUCCCCGCCGCGCAUCUGUACUACCAGAACUUAGGGGCUGUGGUGCAUCUAUCGCCUGAAACAUACCGCACCCUCUUCCGGUUCAACGACACAUUCCGUAUCAUGUUCGUGGGCGGACACACGAAUAUGUCCACAUACGCACUGGGUAUCGCGGGUGGACUCCUCGCCUACAACUUGCUCAAGAACGAAAAGAGCGUGUCUCAGAAGCUGCAGAAAUACCCCUGGAUCAUGUGGCUGAUGUUCCCCGUCGGCGUUGGCACCAUCUUGUCCGGUGGUAUCUUCUACAUGGACGGCUUCGAACCCUCGACCCUCCUGAAGAUCAUCUAUGGCGCCAUCCACAAGCCCCUGUUCCAGUGUGUAAUCAUCUUUAUGAUCUUUGCCUGCAUCUUUAAGGUUGAAACCGUGUAUCGCAGCAUCCUGGAGUGGCGCGGCUUCACGUGGAUGGGUCGUGUGUCAUACGGCGGCUUCUUGCUGCACUCGUUGUUCCAGCGCGGUCUGGUUGGCUCGCAGAGACUGCCUUCUUACAUGUCCGACUACAACAUUGUACGUACUUCACAGACUAUUGACUACUUCAUGCUAUCCUAGCCG